UUCCGCUGAACCGGUGCUUCCGCAUUACUUCCGUGGAAAGAGGGAAAGUAAAACAUUCAACAUAGUGGGUUUACACAGACUAAAGUAGAUUAUUCCCCCCAGGUUCGGUCCUAAGCUGUAGACUAAGCGUCUAAAACCCAGUUAGAGCCGAAAGAAGAGUUUGGAGUAAUGGCGGACGACCGAGGGGACUCGGAACUAGAAGACGAGCUGGAACUGCAAGGCGCUGAGGGAGGAGGAGAUGUCUUUGACGACCCCAUCUUGGAGCAGGGCGUGGUGGUGCUCAGAGGAUACGUGAUAGAGCGUAUAAGCACGGAGGAUCCUGGUCGCCAUGUCGACUCAGUGGAUCUGGGAGGAAGGCCACAUGAACAAGAUGAUCCAGAAGUUAAAGAAGUGGUGGAUCAGCUGCUGAAAAUAGCAGACGAACUGAACAGAAAUGUAGAGUUCCAGCGACUGAUCAACCAGGUUCAGGGAAACUGUGCGAAGGAAGUCUUCAUGAUGGUGGCCAGGAGCAUCUUUAUUGAUGGCAUUAACUGGGGCCGGGUGGUGGCGCUCUUUCAUCUGGCUUACAGACUCAUAUACAGGGCCCUCACCACCAACCAUCUGGAGAACGUCAGGAUGGUGAUCAGCUGGGUCCUGCAGGUCAUCAGGGAGUUGCUGUACCCCUGGCUGGUGCAGCAGGGGGGAUGGGUUGGUGUCAUCCAAAGCUUUCCAUGGAGGAACGCAGCCAUUGUUGCUUCAAUUGUUGUAGUAGCAACAUUUGUUUACUACAGAAUGAAACACUGAGGCCUUCAGCUCUCUGCAUUACGCUGAUGAGGACACUUCCUGGGGCUUUUACAAUCAUUCCUAUCCAGCAGCCAAUAGGAGGCCAGCUGCUUUAAACUGAGAACAAUUCUCUCCUACUUCAGGUCUCUGCGACUAAAAUGGACUUUCCUUGUCAGCAUCACUCUCUUCUGUUUCCGUUCACCAGCAAUUCUUUGGAACUACACCAGCAGGUUUUACAGCUGCCAUGCAGGAGGCAGCUGAACCUGUCAGCUGUGAUGUUAGUUAUCACUGAAUGGACUCUGAGUCAGAUAAGGGUUGGUUCGUAGAGGACUCAAAGCAACCUGUAAGUGGCAGGAAAGUGCCUUAAAGCGAUGCUAGCUCUGACUGUGAGUGGUAGGGAUGACACAUCGCCUAUAGCCAGAGGCUCUCUGCCGGUGCAGCGGGGCGCUUUACUUGCUGCUCAGUUCAUUCUGUCAGGAGCUGGAAGAAACACCAAAGAUUAGUGCUGAAAAUCUCAGGGAUCUUUUUUAAUUAUCUUUUUUUAAAUGAAGAGAACAGAACCCAUGAAAGGUUUGGGUUUGAGCCAAAGCGGUCCAAGGGCCUCUGCAGAUCUGUCACUUCAGACAUGUUUUCUGUUGUAGACAGACAAGAUCCUAAACAUUUAAUGCAUUAGUUGAUCUGAGAGUUGAACGGCAAACACGUCCAGAUCGUUUCACCAUGGAGUUCAGUGGAAGAACAGGAUCUGAGCUCAUGUGCUGAUUUUAGUUUUAACUGCAGCCUGCAG